UUUAACUUCUAUUAAUGAUGAGGCGUUAUAGUUUUUCCGUAUGUCUGGUUCUUUUUAGUGUAACUACGAUAUGGUCAUAUGCCUUGGAUUCUAACGAUGGUUCACUACGAAGUUUGUUACUAAACCAAAAUAACGAACAAAGGUACUCUAAUAAAAACAAUUUCUUUCAUUAUAAUGAUGGUUUAAACGGCCAGUACAGCCCAUGUGGUGCGUCACCAUGUCAACCAGAAAUUGACAUAUACAAUGGCCCGUGUGGUGGUUCGGUUUGUCAACCAGGAAUGUCAUCAUUUCCAAUGAUUCCACAAAUUCCACCUAUUCCACAAAUUCAACCAAUAAUUCCACAAAUUCCCCCAAUUCCGCCAAUUCCUCAAUUUCAACCAAUAAUUCCACCAAUUCCACCAAUUCCACAAAUUCAGCCAGUAUUUCCAUCAAUUCCACCAAUUCCGCCAAUUCCUCAAAUUCAACCAAUAAUUCCACCAAUUCCACCAAUUCCAUCAAUUCCACAAAUUCUACCAUCCCUUCAUUCCCAAUAUAUCCACAACCAAGUGUCAGUUGUAGUUAUGGGUGUCCUCCAUAUUAUAAAUAAAUGUCGGUAACAUAGUAAGAAUAGAAAAUGGAAGAUAUCUCCUACAAUGUUUUAAUAAAUCCUAUAUCUAUG